UUCUCUCUCCCGUCGACAAUCUCUCUCUUCCGUAUUUUCCCUCUCUCUGUUUCUCUAUCUGGUCUCCUGCAAACAUACAUUUGCAGCCAUUGCAGGCAUUUUUCUGCUUUUGCUCUUCUUUUGAUUAAAGAAACCAAAAAACCUUCAGCGUUUUGGUAUAUUCUGAGAGGUAAAGAAAGGGCCCCAAAAAAAAAAAAAAAAAGAAAGAAGAAACCCUCUUCUUCUCUCUUUUCCCCCAUGAACAUAUCCUAAUUCUGCAUCACAUUGGGGAGGGUUUAUUUCAGGUGUUAUUUUGCGUCUCGAAGGGUUUAAUAUUUUGAGAUAUUCAGUCAAGAAUCUUUUAGACCUUCCUAAAUUUAGUGGGUGGUUCGAGCUAGAUAGUGUCUCUGACAUUCCAGCUCUGCCACCAUUGUUUGUUUUGCGUAUCCAAGAAGCAAAAAUCAGAGGAAAAAGAAAUUAACAAUUCUUUUGCUUUUCGCAAGGAAAAAGCUUAUAUACGUUGAGCUGUAGAUCUGUUGGCCUGCUUACCUCGAAGAAACUCCUCUUCUUUCCUCUGUUUUUGUCCGUACUCUAUUUUCGUGGCACAAAAACAGAGAAAUGGAUAGGCAUUCAUCCGCCACGCUUCUUCCGGAUGGCUUUAUAGGGGGCAGAGAUGAUAUGACGGAGCAAUUUAGCAUGGUCUGGGCUCAGAUCAAAGCACCAUUGAUCGUCCCGCUCCUUAAACUCGCUGUCAUGGUUUGCUUGAUCAUGUCUGUAAUGUUGUUUAUUGAGAGGGUGUACAUGGGCGUAGUGAUUUUGCUGGUGAAGCUGUUUGCGAGAAAGCCCGAAAAGCGCUACAAAUGGGAGCCUAUAAAAGAUGAUUUGGAGUUGGGCAAUUCAGCUUACCCUGUGGUUCUUGUUCAAAUCCCAAUGUACAAUGAAAAAGAGGUGUAUCAGCUCUCCAUAGGAGCUGCAUGCGGCCUUUCUUGGCCAUCCGAUCGUAUUAUAAUUCAAGUCCUUGACGAUUCAACAGAUCCCAUUAUCAAGGCAUUGGUGGAAACCGAAUGCCAGAGAUGGGCAAGCAAAGGGGUUAAUAUUAAGUACGAGAUUAGAGACAACAGGAAUGGUUACAAAGCUGGAGCAUUAAAGGAAGGCCUGAACCAUGCCUACGUUAAGCAAUGUGAUUAUGUAGCCAUUUUCGACGCAGAUUUUCAACCUGAGCCUGAUUUCCUCUGGCGAACCAUCCCUUUCCUGGUUCACAAUCCACAACUCGCCCUCGUUCAGGCUCGUUGGAAAUUCGUGAAUGCGGAUGAAUGCUUGAUGACAAGAAUGCAGGAAAUGUCGCUGGACUAUCAUUUCAGGGUGGAGCAAGAAGUGGGAUCCUCCACCUACGCUUUCUUCGGCUUCAAUGGAACUGCUGGUGUGUGGAGAUUGGCUGCAAUUGAUGAGGCUGGAGGCUGGAAGGACCGCACAACAGUCGAGGAUAUGGACUUGGCUGUCCGAGCUAGUCUCCGAGGCUGGAAGUUUGUAUACCUUGGUUCUCUAAUGGUAAAGAAUGAAUUGCCAAGUACUUUUAAGGCGUAUCGUUAUCAACAGCACCGUUGGUCAUGUGGCCCUGCCAAUCUUUUUAGAAAAAUGGUCAUGGAAAUUAUAAGAAACAAGAAAGUCACUUUGUGGAAGAAGGUUCAUGUGAUUUACAGCUUUUUCUUGGUUAGAAAGAUCAUAGCCCACCUCAUCACAUUUGUGUUCUACUGUGUACUUUUGCCGAGCACUGUACUAGUACCUGAAGUUCAGGUCCCGAAGUGGGGAGCGGUCUAUAUUCCUUGUGUCAUUACCCUACUCAAUGCAGUUGGAACUCCAAGAUCACUCCACUUGAUGGUUUUCUGGAUUCUAUUUGAGAAUGUCAUGUCUCUCCAUCGGACAAAAGCAACCUUCGUUGGCUUGUUGGAGUCUAGCAGAGUGAAUGAAUGGGUCGUCACUGAGAAACUUGGGGAUGCUCUCAAGAACAAGUCAGCCGUAAAAGCAAUCAGAAAACCUCGAUUUAGGUUUGGAGAGAGACUUCAUCUGCUAGAACUUGGGACUGGCGCUUACCUAUUCUUCUGCGGCUGUUACGAUGUUGCAUUUGGUAAAAACCACUAUUACCUAUAUCUCUUCACCCAAGCAGUCGCCUUCUUCAUUGCGGGAUUUGGCUAUAUUGGGACUUUUGUUCCCAACUCAUAAUGCCAUUGUGGAACUGGAAGUGAUUCCUUCCAAGUAUAUUUACCUUCCGAGUAUAUUGGUCGCCCUGGUUUUUUGUUGCCUCUCUGCUGCAGCACUUAGUAGAAGUGGCGUUUUCAGCAACCUCUCCUUGCAACUUUCACUUCACAUUUUAUAGAGUAUUUGCCCUUUAAUUUUUUUUAUGUUUCCUUUAUUAUUUUUCCAGUUGCCUUUACUUGUAAAAAGAACAAAGAUGGUCAUUCUUUUAGGUUAGGCGUAAGCAUUCGAGUAAUACCUCGAAUCAUUUGUUCUUGUGUAUAGAACAGAAGUCAAGGGUUUUACUACAGAGAACAAAAUGAUUUUGCAAA